CUGGAGGCUCCACGGCAGCAGAGAGCUCGUGUUAUGAAAGCACCGACACGUGAGUCUGACAGCCAGGGAGAUGAGGACGGCCUUUCCCCCAGCUCUCUGACAUGAAGCCCCGCUGCUCCCCACUGGCCCCGCUGGCCCUGCUGGCCUGCUGCCUUGCCCUGAGCCGGGGCUACACCCUGCGGAGCUCCGUGUCCUGGGCGGUGACCUCCAACGACGUGGUGGAGGACGCGGACCUGUCGGAGGAGGUGGCCCCGGCGCUGCUGGUGGACGGAGCGGGGCUGUGGAAGCAGGCGUACCCGUCCCCAGACGUCCUGGGAGACGGCGUGGAGAGCCCCGGGGAGCUGGUCAAGCCCGAGAGCGACGGCGUGGCUCGGCUGUCCUCUCGCCUCUUCUCCUACCGGCUGGAGAAGGUGAAGAAGUCCGCAGGAGGCUCUCCUCCUCCGCACCAGGAGACCGCCAGGACCGCCAGAUACAUCUCCCACUACAGCGACUGGGGACACCUGGCCACCAUCUCCACCCUGGACAAGAUCAAAGGUCUCCCCUUUGGGAACGUUUUCUCCGUCAGCGAUGGACCGCUGGACAACAGCACCGGAGUGAUCUAUUUUUACGUGACUCCGAUGGACAACACUGUGUCAGACCUGAAGAAGAACCCGUACGCUUCGCUCACCUUCUCCGAGGCCGAGGGAGAAUUCUGCAGGCAAAUGGCGUAUGAUCCAGAGGACCCCAGAUGUGCUCGACUGACGCUAACGGGGAAGAUGGUGGAAGUGGCGCCAGAGGAGCUCACGUUUGCAAAGGAAGCGAUGUUCUCGAGACAUCCUGUGAUGGCUAAAUGGCCAGUGGGACACAAGUGGUUCUUCAUGAAGCUGGAGCUGAUCCAGGUGUGGCUGCAGGACUGGUUCGGAGGAGUAUCGCUCAUUCCACUGGAGGACUACUUCAAAGCGACGCCUUUCUGAGAUAUCCCUCCUUUCCUGCAUCGUCUGCAUUACAGAUAUCGCUCCAGUAAGGUGGGAGAUUCUCACAGCAAAGAAUAUUUCACUUUUUUAAAAGAGACUGUUGCUAAUUUCAUUUGCGAGAAUGAAUGUUCUUCACAGCUGCUUAUUUAAAAACUAAAUUCCAGCUUGUUACACGAGAUCAUUUAAUCAGUCUUCUUUGUUUGACGUGUGAAUGUAUGUAUAUCAUUUUAUUAAAGGCUGAUUAUAAUGUUAUGGGUUUGGAUUAGGAUAUGUGUGCCGUUUGAAAAAUAAAUAUUAACACACCCAGUUAUUGAGCAUACUUUUACUGUAUGAAUAUUGAAAGGGAACUAAAAUGUCAACACUCCUGACCGUUAUUUUUUCACGUUGGGACAAAAAUGUGAAUGAAGAUCAUGUUUGUUGCUUAAAGUUACAUGACUCAGGUUAUUGUAAAAAUGAAUAAAAAUCAGCAGCACAGUAGCAGCUGUGAGUGGAAAUAGGUCAAUACCCAGACUGCAAUCUCAGCUCAGGGUGCAUUUAAAAGUGGUUCUAGAGCUUCGAUCAUGUCACAUUACUUUUUUUAAGUUCAGAUUUCCAUAUUUUUCUGAGCGCUUGAACUUCCAACUUCCAGGACUGAAAGCUUCCAGAAUAUACCUUGAGAUGAGACUGUUUGGUCAGCUGCUGUUUCCAAAGUCAAAAACAAGCUCCUAAAUUUGUAAUUUGCUCUGAUAUUAUGUAUGUACUGUUGGUCAAAUAAAGCAUGAUAUCAUAUCUA